CACACGACACAGUCGCGACUUCACUACCACUAUCCAAAUGGCCGCGGAAGCAUCGUCCUCGGUGCCGGCACUCGCGACGUCCCCGUUGACGGAGGAGGAGCUGACGCUGACGGUGAAGUGGAGCGGCAAAGAGUACACCGUCAGAGUCUGCGGCAGCGACACCGUCGGCGAGCUGAAGCGACGCAUAUGUGAAGUCACAAACGUGCUUCCAAAGCGCCAGAAGCUUCUCUAUCCCAAAGUCGGCUCAAAACUCGCCGAUGAUUGCCUCCUCCUCUCUCAGAUUCCCAUCAAAACCUCCCUCAAAAUGACUAUGAUCGGUACUGUUGAAGAUGAAAUAUUUGUGGAUCAGGUGGAUUCUCCAGAAAUCGUUGAUGAUUUUGAAAUUGGGCAGGAGGAAGCUGUUGAUAUUAAAGAUAAAGAAGUAAACAAACAGAAACUGAGGAGGCGUAUUGAACAAUACAAGAUUACCCUCCGUAAUCCAUGUCGGGAAGGGAAAAAGCUGCUUGUUCUGGAUAUCGACUAUACUCUAUUUGAUCACCGGUCAACAGCAGAGAACCCACUUGAACUCAUGAGACCUUAUCUUCAUGAAUUUCUCUCAGCCGUUUAUGCAGAGUAUGAUAUCAUAAUAUGGUCUGCAACCAGCAUGAAGUGGGUUGAGUUGAAGAUGGGACAACUUGGUGUUCUAAGCAAUCCCAACUACAAAAUUACCGCAAUGCUUGAUCAUUUAGCAAUGAUAACAGUCCAAUCAGAUUCUCAUGGAAUCAUUGACUGCAAGCCGUUGGGCCUAAUUUGGGCUAAGUUUCCAGAGUUUUACAGUCCAAAAAACACUAUAAUGUUUGAUGACCUGAGGAGGAACUUUGUGAUGAAUCCACAAAAUGGUCUGACCAUAAAGCCAUUCAGGAAGGCACAUGCAAAUCGGGGCACUGAUCGGGAACUCAUGAAGCUUACCCAAUAUUUGCUUGCCAUUGCUGAUCUUGAUGACAUAAGUGUCCUCAAUCACAAGGAUUGGGAAUCAUACAACGAGGACAACGUUAAGAGACGUCGACACACAUGACACUCUGAGCAACCAGACAUGUCUGCAGGAAGGUUGAACUAAUGUAGCCCUUCAACAUUAUGUCUCAACUGCACAGAUAUUUUAGUAUUUUACUAGAUUGGGUAUCCUUUGGUGAAUGUGCAUGUCUUGUCUUUUCCUUUUUUCCCUCUCUUCAUCUCUAUUUUCCAACAUCUCCAUAAAUUUAUGGGAGUAAACUUGAGCCAAAUAGAAUGAUGCACUGCACAAGCUUUGUUCUUUUUACACAUUGAAGAUAUAUGAAGGGCUUACUUGAGUUACCAUAUGUAAAUGAUGUUUUGGCAAUC